AUGUUAAUGCAACCUCUUUUUAUGAUAAUUGAAAAUGGAUUGGAAGAGUGGAGUUCUGAUUAUUCUAUUCUUCAUCUAAUAACCUUAUUAAUAUUCAGAUAAGAUGUGCUACUUUUAGAUUAUAACAUUGAUUAUACAAGAUUGUACUUAGUGGUUUUGGUGAUAUUCACAAUUCAAAAAGUAUGGUAAUUUACCAUUACAUACAUACUUUAUCGAAUUAAGGAUCGUGAACGAUAAUUUUAAAAGGUAGAAGAAUGCUCUAUUUUAAGAAUCUCAAUAAUAAUACUUGCAAUAUACACACAAUUAUCAAUUACUAUUUUGCAUUUAUUCUUUUCAACCCUUUGUAUUAUGAGUUUUGCAUUUUGUAUUAAAAAUGGUUAAGAAUAUGUUCAAUUAAUUUUAUCUUUACUUACAUACAUCUUCUGGUAAGUUGAUUAUUUAAUAACAUUUACUAUAUCCAGUACAUCUCUAACUUUUAAACAAAAUCAUUUGGAUAUUUCAUAAACUACAAUACUAACAUAUUUAUCAUAUCUUUUUUAGUAAUUACAAAUUAUCAUAUUUUGUAUUUUACUUAAUAAAAAUAGUGUAAGACUUACAAAUAUAGUAUUAUUAUUAAUAGACAUAAUAUUUUAAAUAAUCAAUCAAUUAUUAUUUUAAACUUAUAUCUUUAAAGAAUCACGCUAAAUAUUAUAUUUUAUUUCCUCAUUAAAAUUUGUUUUAUGUUUUUAUUUUUUUGGUAAAUCAUUUAAUCAAAAUCAAAUGUUUGAAAAUUUAAUAAUUCCUUUAUUAUUAAUACCAAUAGUAUAUUAUGGAUUAAUGACAUUAGAUAUUAAAAUUCAUUAUGAGGCUUUUGCUAAUAUGUUUAAAGAAGAACCAAAUCUUAAUAAACUUAUAUAUUAACUUAAACUUAUUUUAAAUUAAUGUGAUAUAGAAAAAUAAAUGAUUCCUUUAAAAUCUUCUCUAAUAAAUAAAUUUCAUAGAAAAUUAUGUCAUAAUCCAUUAUGCAUUUGUUCAAAUAAAAUUUUCAUUUCAGAAAUUUCAUAAGCAAAUGCUAUAACUUAAUCAAUUUAAAAAUAAUUUAUUUUCAACAAAAUUUAAUUUAUAUUGCAUUCUAAAGAAGCCCAAAAAAGUCAUUAAUAUAAUUAAUUAAUUAUUGUUCAAACUUUAUUUUAAUUUGAUUUUGGUUGGCUGACAGAUUCAAUAAAAAAUCUAACUUAAUUAUUGAAUUGUCAUAUAAAUAAUUAACACUUUGUAAUAAAAAAGGAAAUUUAAAAAAAAGUUGUUUAUGAUGAAUCUUGUAAUGAAACAUCAACAAGAAAAGAUAAAUCAGAUGAACAUUUAACAUAAUUUAUUAGAUUAAAAAUAUAAUUAAAUUUAAUUGAUUAAUGUAGAAUUAAUUAUAUUCUUUAUUAAGCAAAAUUUAAACUUAAAUCAUUUCUUGGUACUUCAAUGCAUGCUUAUUAAUAAUUAAUGGUUACUGAUUUUAUUCAGUCAUUUCUAAAUUAUGAUUAAUGUUUAAAAUAAAUUUAAUCUUAAACAAUUGAAACUAUUAAUGAUAAAAUUGAAUUUUAUUAUAAAAUAAUAAAAGAUGAGAAAUAAGAUUUAAAUAUUUUAGGAAAAUGUACAAAAGAAAUAUGUUUUAAACUUAAUAAAUUAAAAAAAAGACUUAAAUAAGUAUAUGCAACAUAUCCAUGUUCAAGUAUUUAAAGAUGUAUUUGUUUUUUUUAAUGUGAAUUAUUAAAUAAUUAUUAUGAGGCUAAUAAAACAUCUACAAUCACAUCAAUGUAGGAUGAUAAAAUGUUUAGAAAUAAAAAAAUUACAAAUUAUGAUAUUUCAGUUGAUCAGACAGCUUAUGCUAUACUUACAAUUAAAGGAGAAUUAGAUGAUUUUCAUAUAGAAUAAACAUCCUCAUAUUUUCUAAAAUUGAUUGGCAAAACAUCUAUUAAAGACGUUCAUUUUUAUUAAUUGUUACCUCGUUUUAUGAAAAAUUGGCAUCCUUUAUUUAUUCAUAGUUUUUUUAAUGAUGGUUAAUCAAGAUAUUAUAAAAGUUUUAAUCAAAGUUUUAUCUUAACAAAUUCUGGUCUACUCAAAACAGUUUAUUUAUGUUAUGAUAUUACAAAGAUAUUUUCUAAUUAAAAUCUCGUUUUUGCAGCUUUUUUAUAAGAAUUAUCUGAUUAAAAAUGUUUUUUAUUAUCUUAUGGAACUAAUUAAAGAUUAAAUUUUUCAGAAAACUUUUUUAAGAAAAUUGGUUUUAAUUAAAAAAUAAUUCUUACUCUCCCUCAAAAUUUAACAGUUGUAAAUGGACUCUAUUUAUAAUACUUGAUACCAUCUUUUCCACAAGAUAUUGAAAGGGAUACAUUUCAAUUAAAUACUGAGAUGAGAUUUUUAGAUGAUAAACAUUUAAAGGAAGUUUAAGAUGAAGGAGUAGAUUUGGGAAUGUAUAUUUUAGAUCCAAAAUAAUGGGAAAAGGAGGAAUAGGUUUGUUUUUACUCAAUUUCUAUAAUAGUUACUAAAAGAUAUGUGUCUUAAUAAACUUAUUUAUUCAUUGAAUUUUCUACAAUAACAAAAUUAACAAAAAAUUAAACUGAAAAUUCAAAAUUUUAAACAAUAUAAAAUAUUGAUAUAACAUCACUUUAAUCUUAAGAAGCUCAAUUUAUAAAUGAUAGUUUUGCUUCCUUAAUGAAUUUAAGUGAUGAAGCGGAGCCUAAGAAAGUUAAUAUUUUUGAUGUUAGAAUGAAAGAAUUCUUGUAAAAUGAAUUAUAAGAAGAUGAUGCUGUUAAUAUUGUUUCAUUUAGAAAAGAUGACCUUAAUAAUAAUGUACUUCCUUAAAGUCAUAGAUUAUUACUUUCAGAGAGAAAAAAAGAAAUUUAAUAAGAAUUUUAUAACAUUUAAUAAAUAAAUAUAGAGUCUUUGAAAUAAUCUUCAAUUUAUGAAUCUCAUAAGUAGAGAUAAGUUGAACAUAAUGUGAUUGAUGAAAUUUAAUCUUAAUAAUCUUCAGUAGGAGGAGUGAAAGAAUCACAAUUAUUCAAAAAAUUUGAAAUGAUUGAAAAGAUAAUUAAGAAAAAGAAGUUUGAGAAAAUGACUAUGUAUUUAAUAUUACUUUUAUUACAAACAGCUUUCUUUAUUUCGUUUGCAUUAAUAGUAAUAACAUUAAUAUCAGCAGAAUUAUUAAUGUUUAUUUAAGAAAUAGAUAUGAUUUCUUUACAUGCUAGUAUAAUGGCACCUCAUGAUUUGUAUUUAUCAAUAAAGGUAACUAUUUCAGCAUAUUAAUAAUAAUAUCGUGAAAAAUAUAUUGAUAAUGCAACAUUAUAUAAAUUGAUAGAUCCAUUAUAUUAAUUUAAUGCUCCAUACUAUUUUGAUUUGCAAAAUAAUUUAUAUAAUGUUUUAUAGAAUGAACAUUUAUCAGAAUUCUUUACUGAUUAAUAAGUAAUAGUUUAUUUUAUGGGAAAUAAUGAUUCUGUAACAUAUACUAAAGAAUUAUCUUUUAGAGAAGAAUUACUUGCUAUAUUACAUGCUUAAUAUUAAUUUAAGAGAGUUUUUGAUGCUCGUAAGAAUGCAAAUGGUUAAGCUUGCUAAGUAUUAUAAUUUGCAAAUUAUUUUAAUUUAUAAGAUAAAUUAGAAGAAUUAACAAAUGAAAUUUUAGAAUAUUCAAAAAAUAGAAGUACAGCUGCAACUGAUUAAUGGUUUGUUAUAUGGUUAAUUUAUCAAUUGAUUGCUCUUUGUAUUGGACUUAUUACUUUAUUUUAUAAAAGAAGUAUAUUAAAAACUUAUGAAAAAUUAUUGAGUUUGUUUUAUUUUUCAGAUAAAAAUUCAUUUGAAUAAGAAAUUUAAAAAUUGAAGAAUCUAAAUACUUUAAUAUAAUAAAAUUAAGAUUUGUUAUCAAAAUAUGAUUUUAAUUUUAGAGAAAGAGAAGAUUUAGUAAAUAAAAAGAAAAAAGAAAUUUAAUAAACAAAAAUUGAAAAACCAAAAAAGUUAGGUGAAUAAAAAUUAUAAAAAAUAAUUCCAAUAAUAGCAUUUUUUUGCAUGUAUAUUUACUUUUUAAUUUAUUCAGUAAUAAUUUAAGAAGAAACAAAAAAUUAUUUGACAAAAUAUAAAUAGACAACAGAUUUUUAUAGAUUAGUUUAAGAUUUAAGAUUCCGAAGUGGAAAUAUAUAUGUUUAUAGAGAAAUUUUCUUUAGAUGGUCUAAUUUUUCAUAUUUAAACAAAUCUGAUUUAAAUCGUUUAUAUGGUUUGGUAGAGAAAUCUUAAAAUGUAAUGUAAGUAUAUGUAAAUGGUUUAUCACAAUAAUAAAAUGAUGAUUAUUUAUUUUCAGAUAAUUAUAUAGAUUUUGUAAGUUAAGUAGAGAAUUCAAAUCUUUGUAAUUUUAUAAAUUAAGUAUAAAUAUUUAAUUAAAAAUAGAAGUACAUAAAUCUAACUCCAUAUUGUGAAUUUUCUUUGGAUGGUGUAUUAAUGAAAGGAAUGAUACCUAGUUUGAAUUACAUUUCUCAAUCCAUUCGUAGUUAAUAAGCAAUCAACAAUUUUACUAAGAGAGCAGAAAUACAUUUUUAUGAAUUGGAAGGAGCUUAAGUAAUUUGUUUAGCUUUUUAAAAUGUAUCAGAAUAAUUAAAAUAAGGUAUGAUUGAAUUAACACAUAGUUUUAAUCAAACAAAUGAGGUAUUUUAUUAUAUUAUUAAUUUAAAUAGAUCCUUUCUUAUUUAUUUUUAUUUUCUUAAUUGAUUUUUUCUAUUGUUUAUGUUACUUGUUUUAGAAAACUUUAAAUAACAGAAUUUACAAUGUAUAAGAAAUCUUUAUAAUUAAUUCCAAUUUAAGUAUUGCUUGGUGAUGAUUCAUUAGAAAGAGCAUUAAGAUAAUUUGAAUUUACAGAAAAAAUAUGA